CAGAGGGUUCCGGGGGGUCCCUGGGCGCCGCCGGGGGUCCCGGGGCGGCGCCGCUCGGUCGCCAUGGAGGGAGCCGCUCUGCCCAUCCGCCGGUCCCGCCGGGCCCUGGUGGAGGCCGUGAGGGAGCGACCCUUCCUCAUCGUCACCGGCGAGACGGGCAGCGGCAAGAGCACGCAGCUGCCCAAGUACCUCUUCGAGGCAGGCCUGGCCAAGCACGGGGCCAUUGGCAUCACGCAGCCCCGGCGCGUUGCCACCAUCUCGGUGGCGCAGCGGGUGGCCGAGGAGAUGGGCUGUUUGCUGGGGAGUGUCGUCGGGUACCAGGUCCGCUUUGAUGACUGCACCACCGAGGAUACUGCCAUCAGGUAUAUGACCGAUGGCUGCUUAUUGAGGCAAAUAUUGGCAGACCCCCUUCUCAGCAAGUACAGCAUCAUCAUUUUGGAUGAAGCUCAUGAGCGGAGCCUCAGCACUGAUAUUUUAUUUGGUUUGCUGAAGAAACUGUUUCUACAGAAGAAACCACCAAACAGGAAGACAGCCUUGAAAGUGGUGGUGAUGUCAGCCACCCUGGAGGUGGACAAGCUGUCAGAGUUCUUUGGACACAGUUCAGUGCUGCAUAUUCCAGGAAGAAGUUAUCCUGUCAAGGAGAUAUUCUGCAACCUGCUCAGCCCGAGGGACAUAGGCAGCUCUGCCUACGUUACAGAGGCUGUAAAAGUGACAUUGGAUAUCCACUUAAAUGAACCAGAAGGCGACAUCUUGGUUUUCCUGACAGGUCAAAUUGAAAUAGAAAGAGCUUGUGACUUGCUUUUCAAGAAAGCAGAAUGUAUUGAUUACCGGUAUGAAGUACAUGAUCAGUCUAUAGAAGGCCUGCUUAUCUUACCAUUGUAUGGGUCAAUGUCAACAGAUCAACAGAAAAGAAUAUUUUUGCCAGCUCCCGCAGGCAUUAGAAAAUGUGUGGUAUCCACAAACAUUGCUGCAACAUCUCUGACGAUUGAAGGAGUCAGAUAUGUCGUAGACAGUGGAUUCGUGAAGCAGCUGAAUCAUAACCCUCGAGUUGGCUUGGACAUACUGGAGGUGGUUCCCAUUUCAAAGAGUGAAGCGAGGCAGCGAGCUGGCCGGGCUGGCAGGACAUCUUCUGGAAAAAGCUAUCGGCUGUACAGUAGAGAAUUCUGGGAGCAGUGCAUGCCUGAUCACACAGUCCCAGAGAUCAGGAGAACCAGUCUGACAUCGGUGAUCCUGACCUUGAAGUGCCUUUCCGUGCAUGAUGUCAUAAGAUUUCCAUACUUGGACUGCCCUGAAGAAAGACACAUUUUAGAAGCUCUCAAGGAACUUUACCAGUGCAAUGCUAUUGACAGGAGAGGCCACGUGACAAGACUGGGUGAAUUCCUGGUGCAGUUUCCCCUGCCUCCCAACCUGGCCUGUGCUGUCAUAAAAGCUGCUUCUCUUGACUGUGAAGACCUGCUGCUCCCCAUAGCAGCUAUGUUGUCUGUGGAAAAUGUCUUCAUUCGUCCAGGUGAUCCUCAGAAGCAAAAGGAGGCUGAGCUUCAACACCAGGAACUUUCCUCACAAGUGGGAGGGUGCAAUGACUUUGCAACCCUCUUAAAUAUUUUUGAACAGUGCAAAGCAAGCAAGUCUCCUUCAGCUUGGUGCCAGAAAUACUGGAUCCAUUGGAGAGCUUUAAAAUCUGCUUUUAGUGUGGAAAAACAACUUCGGGAAAUAGUCAGUAAACUGAAACAGCUGCCAGACUUCCCUAAAGAGACAUUUGAAGGCUCCAGAACUGAAAUACUAAGAAGAUGCCUGUGUGCAGGAUACUUUAUCAAUGUAGCUAGGAGAUCUGCAGCCAGGACAUUCUGCACAAUGGAUGGACAUGGCAGCAUAGUCUACAUCCAUCCUUCAUCUACACUCUAUAACCAGGAGACAUGCCUCGAGUGGAUCAUCUUCCAUGACGUCACAGUGACAUCCAAAAUCUAUGUCCGGACGGUGUGUCCUGUUCGCUAUGAGUGGGUCAAAGACUUGUUGCCCAGAUUGCAUCAAAUCGAUGCAUAUGAACUGAGCAGUGUGGCACGGGAGGAAGUAACUGAAGAGGAAAUAACCAAGUGGAAACAUAAGAAGGAUCUUAACAGACAGUAUGAAGGAGUCACAGACAACUCUGCAAAGAAGAUGGAGAGAAGGAACGAUGAUCAAUCAAUACUGGAUGCCCGAGCUCGCUAUCUGGAGAGAAAGAAGCAAAGAGCACAGGGUUUAAGUGGCCCAGUGAAAGAGAUAGGGUAAUAGUCACGACUGCUCUACUCCCACUGUGAGGAAAGGCAGUUUGAUGUAGUUGUUCUGGGUGUGUUUGCAUAAUGCAAAAUGAGUAACUGGAAUGAAAGAAAACUUCUGCUUUGUGGUUAGUUUGAGUGCCGAAGCAUACAAACGCAGUCUUCCUUUGCUGCAUCCAGCAAGGAAAAGUUACCAAGCUGAAUUUCGUUGCUACGUGUCGCUGGCAACAAUUUAGUGGCCUCAAAUGUGGAUGAAGACACGAUACUGACAGUGGUGCCAAUUCUGUGGCAUCGAGUUGACUUAAAGUGGUCUCAGUGGUCUCGGUGCCGUUAUUAAUAACAUUUUCUUAAAGGUUGUUUUUUAAAGAAGUGAAACUGUCUCUUUUUAUCCAUUUUACUUUGUAUGAUUGUGGCUGUACAGUCUUCGUGUUCCUGCACUACUCAGGAUAAUGCGUAGGAAGCGCUCCUUUAUUGAUGGAACCGUCAGGAUCUAAAUUCAAAAGGACGUUCGCCGCCUGUGUUCUCUGUUGCAGUGUUGUUCCUACUCGGUGUUGUGCUGUACCAUGUACAGUGAUGUUUCUGGGAGAAGAUGUUUUUGUAUGCAAAGUAUUUUGUAAAUGUUUUCACAUUGCUGCUAGCAAUGCAUCAUUUUUGUCAGGGAUGACUUAGCACUGUUCGUCUUCCAUUUGGCAAAAA